UUUUUUAAUUAUUUAUUUUUUAAUAUGCUUUAAGGAUCAUUCGUAGAGUUAAAAAACUCCUGUUAAUGUAUUUGUAGAUUGAUAAUUUCUCUAGAGAAUGGGCUGGGCUGUGAAAACUACCAUUGGGAGGUAAAACCGAGGAACAGUAAAACCAAACCUGGCUGAACAAGCGAACGAGUCGAGAACUAGAAGGAAAGUCCGUGCUUUUGGUUUUUAGGUUUUAGCUAUUUCAGACUUUCAGAUCCGACUGGCCAACUACCGGACUUAACAGAACAGGACCCACAAACUAAAGAAAACAAAACAAGUUAACUUAUGUUUACUGUUGGGCGGACAAAUCAAAGCAAUGGCCUCCUGCAAAACCAAAAUCUACCUUGUAUGCUCUUAACACUUUAACAUUGGCUUUUCUUCCAACUUGUUUCCCUAUUUCCAUUUUCCAGUUUGUUGUUGAAGAAGUUAAAAUGCAGGUACCGAUGUCAAAACCUUCAAUCUCAGCUUCAAUUCCCAUCCCAAAACCUCAUAAACCAUCAUGGUCGUAUUCACAGGUGAAAAUCCGAUGUGAAUCUUUAGAUUCAGCGUCGAAGAUUGAUGUCGAAAGACCGCAAUCAACGAAGCUGAUGGACUCGGGCUCCAAAAACGGGCCUUACCCAGGUGGGAUUCCAAAGAUGGGGCCUUUUACGGGCAGAGAUCCUAACGUGAAGAAGCCGGAGUGGCUGAGGCAGAAAGCUCCUCAAGGGCAGAGGUUUGAAGAGGUUAAACAAUCUCUCUCUCGCUUGAAUCUCAAUACUGUUUGCGAAGAAGCACAGUGCCCCAACAUUGGAGAGUGUUGGAAUGGGGGUGGGGAUGGCAUUGCAACUGCAACAAUAAUGUUGCUUGGGGAUACUUGCACACGGGGUUGCCGAUUUUGUGCUGUUAAAACCAGUAGGAACCCGGCACCGCCUGACCCCAUGGAACCCGAAAAUACAGCUAAGGCCAUUGCGAGUUGGGGUGUGGAUUACAUUGUUUUGACUAGUGUAGAUCGUGAUGAUUUACCUGAUGGUGGAAGUGGACAUUUUGCUCAGACAGUCCAAGCAAUGAAGAAACUUAAGACAGAGAUCAUGGUUGAGUGUUUAACUUCUGACUUCCAAGGUGAUUUGAAAGCUAUAGACACUCUGGUACACUCAGAAUUAGAUGUCUUUGCUCACAACAUUGAAACUGUGAAACGGCUACAAAGAAUUGUCAGGGAUCCUCGGGCUGGUUAUGAGCAGAGCUUGUCAGUUCUGAGACAUGCAAAGCUCAGCAAAGAAGGAAUGAUAACAAAAUCUUCUAUAAUGCUUGGCCUUGGUGAAACUGAUGAAGAGUUAAAGGAAGCCCUUGCUGAUUUAAGGGCUAUAGAUGUUGAUAUUCUUACACUUGGACAAUAUCUACAGCCAACACCACUCCAUUUGACUGUCAAAGAAUAUGUUACACCUGAAAAGUUUGCUUUCUGGAAGGAAUAUGGGGAGUCGAUUGGAUUUCGUUAUGUAGCUAGCGGGCCUCUGGUUCGAUCCUCAUAUAGAGCAGGGGAGCUCUUUGUUAAGACCAUGGUGAAAGAAAGGGCCAACCAGACUGCUGCUUCAUCCAAUUGACCUUCUGGCCUUUGAUUCUGAUCUUUCAAUGUUCUGGCUAAGUGUACUGACAGGGCAUGAGCAUUGGGAGCAACCAGUGUGAUGGAUCUAAACACUGUAGGGCUAUUGUUACAUAUGUAUUCAUUUUUCUCUGAUAAUUUUUUGCAUACAACCGUCAAUUUGUUUGAUAUCUCAUAAAAGUUUUAUUUAGAUUAAUUUCAGUAAAGUUUUAUUGUUUUAUACAGGAACCCGAUUGUUGAAAAGACUUUGUAGAAGUAGGUAGAGGGUGUUUAAAUUGUAUUUUCAUUUUCCCUUGUGCUUACAAACCAAGUUAUUCCAUUUUUAAUAAAUUGCAAAAGGUUUGAGGAGUUAA